CUGUAUUCCAUGUCUGAAGAUGAGAUGCAGGAACUCAGGGAGUUCAUAGAUCACAAUUUGAAGCGGGGAUUCAUCCGAGAAUCCAAGGCAGUGGGGGGCAGUCCUGUGUUUUUCGUGAAGAAGAAGGACACGCCCCAAAAACGGCUCAUUGUGGACUAUAGGGCCAUAAACUCGAUGACAAAGCCCAAGGCCUUCCCCAUGCCCAAGAUUGACGACCUGCUCGCGACGGUGCGGAAGGGGAGGAUCUUCACCAAGUUGGAUCUACGCGGAGCAUACAAUCUAAUACGCAUGAGGGAAGGUGACGAGUGGAAAACGGCCAUGUUCACACCGCUGGGCACCUACGAAUACAGAGUUAUGCCGUUUGGUCUCCAAAAUGGCUCCCACUGUUUCCAAGCCUUCAUGCACCACGUGCUAGCAGGACUCCUCUACAAGAAGUGCGUAUGCUUCCUCGACGACAUUCUGAUCUUCUCAGAAUCGCAGGAGACUCACGAGAGAGACGUAAAGGAGGUCCUGCAGAGGCUACGGGAGCACAGACUCUACGCCAAACUGGAGAAGUGCCAGUUCGACGUGACGGAGGUGGAUUUCCUGGGCUACCGGCUGUCCGACAAGGGACUAGCCAUGGACAGCGCCAAGGUCCGUGCGGUGUUGGACUGGAAUAGCCCGCGCAAUCGGAAGGAAGUCCAGAGGUUCGUCGGCUUCGCCAACUUUUACCGCAAGUUCAUCAGGGGUUUCGCGAAAGAGACGGCAGCUAUCACGGACACCCUCAGUUCCAAGAAGAAAAAGUUCACAUGGACGGAUCAGGCGGAGCAGUCCUUCAGGAGACUUAAGAGCCUCUUCGCGUCCGAAGAACAGCUGCUACACGUGAAUCCAGGCAGACCCAUGCGGGUUGAGACUGACGCAUCUGACAGAGCAGUGGGGGCCGUCCUCUUGCAGGAAGAUCCGCAAGGGAACUGGAGGCCCUGCGCUUUCUAUUCCCGGAAGCUCAGCAAGUCGGAACAGAACUACACCAUCUGGGACAGGGAGUUGUUGGCCAUCCACGCGGCUUUCAAGGCGUGGCGGCACUUCCUCAUCGGAGCCAAGCACACCGUGCAGGUCCGCACGGACCACAAGAACCUAGAGUAUUGGCGCACGGCGAAGCUCCAGAGCCAGAGGCACAUACGAUGGGCAGAGUUCUUUGCGGAUUUCGACUUCAGGAUAGAGUAUAUCCCGGGAGACAACAACGUCAUAGCGGAUGCGCUCUCUAGAAAACCGCAGUAUCUCGAGGAAGCGGCACCAGUGGCAGCCAAGCACAUUUUCGCACCGCAGGCGUGGGCGUGCGCUUCCGCCGCCGUGGACCUGGUCGCGGUACGACGCGCGCUGCAGACGGAUCCGUUCGCACAAUCCAAGAUGGAGGAGGUGCGAAGAGGGACAGCAAAGGACGGCGAAUUCCAGAUACGCGACGGCCUGCUGACCCGCAAAGGUGCUCUCUACGUGCCGGGAGACGAUCUCCGCGCGAAGGUUCUACAGCAGUUACACGACGCACCCAGCGCGGGUCACUUCGGCAAGGAAAAGACGGCGGACUUAGUAGCCAGGGACUUUUGGUGGCCCCAGAUGCGAGGAGAGGUCGCGGAUUACGUCGCCAGGUGUGACACUUGUCAGAGGUCCAAGCCAGUGCACAAGAAGCCAGCGGGAUUGCUGGAACCGCUGGAGACGCCACUACAGCCGUGGGAAAGGGUGGCGCUGGACUUUGUUACUGAUCUGCCCAGUUCGCGAGGCAAGACGGCGGUGCUUGUGGUUGUAGACCUGUUCACCAAGAUGGCGCACUUCAUUCCUUGCGCGAAGGUGGCAACAGCGGAACAGACCGCCAAGCUGUUCAUAGAUCACGUGUUCCGGGUGCACGGCUUACCACGGUCCAUCCUGUCCGACCGGGGUCGCCAAUUCAUUUCCAGUUUCUGGCAGAAGCUCCUGGGCAUCCUGAAUGUCAAGAUCAACUUAGCGUCGGCGAGACACCCGCAAACCAACGGCCAAGCGGAGAGGGUCAACGCCAUCAUGCAGCA